UCGGACCGAGUGCCCAACAACCAAGGCCAGCUUGUGCAGAAGACAGGCAAGUGCUGGUGUCACAACAACGGUGGGUACGCAUGGCGCUCCAAGCGAACAGCGAUGGCAGAUUGCAAUCAGAAGAAACACGCCAUCAUGGUGAAAAACGGCUUCAGCAAGAACGUCCGAAAAAAGAAUGAGUUUUACAAUUGCGCCGUGGAGCUUCCAGCUGCAGGAGCGCGGUCCACCGCCGUGAAGUCCUCAUUUCCACCCGCCGCCGGUUCAGCGAUCAGCCAGUGCACAGGAGGACAGAAGUGCUACUCCUCGGUACGAGUGCCAAAGCAGAAUAUUAAGAUAGCCGGAGCGAAGUCCAACGCGGAUUGCUAUUGCAAGUGCUACAAGAAGGGCUACUAUUUUGCAGGAUGGGUCGCUGCAUCCAAGCAGUGCAACUGCUUCAACGUCAAGAUCAAGGGCUUGCCGACUGUCCCUUGCAGCGGAGCAAAAUGGGCGGUUCAGUUAAAAUCGAGCUUGAAGAAGAGCUCUUGCUGUACGGCAGCCGCUCAGCCAUCCCCGUCCGGUAAGAGUGCUCCUCAUGGUGUGCACUGUCACUGUGCGCGCCGGGAACGCUGA